AUGACAUCAGUGUGGCAUUUGUUGUGGGUUGUGUGUGGACUGACGGUGUGGUUACCCCACACUCACGCAGCCUCUGUGAGCCACAUUCUGUUCAUGACAACCUCUGAUCCAACCACUGACGAGCAAUCAAUCAAUCCAGAAUAUCAGACUGAACCUACAGAUCCACCCAGCCACAACACAGCCUCAAUGAGACCCAAUAUGCUCAUGACCACCUCUUAUCCAACCACUGAUGAGCAAUCAAUCAAUCCAGAACAUCAGACUCAACCUACGGAUCAACCCAGCAACUACACAGCCUCAGUGAGACCCAAUCUGCUCAUGACAACCUCUGAUCCAACCACUGACGAGCAAUCAAUCAAUCCAGAACAUCAGACUCAAUCUACGGAUCUAUUCAGCAGUAAUGAAACAGAAUUAACUAUCAGCCUCAGUGAGCUCUAUUAUGCUAAUACUACCUCUGAUGCAAGUAAUGCAGCACAAUCAACCACUCCAAAACAUCAGAACGACUCUACUAAUCCACCCAGCAAUACAGGGCUUGCAUGUAUUUCGGUGCUUCCACCACGAAGGGGAUCAUACUACGUGGAGCAUGGCACAGGGGUGUCUGUGGGCUCUAUGCUUGUGUUCUGGUGUAAGGAGGGCUACCAGCUGGUUGGCCAUGAGAAAAUCACAUGCAUCCUGCAUGCAGGCAUCCCUCGAUGGAGCAGCUACCUGCCAGUCUGUGAGAGUAUCCCUCGGCCAAAUGACCAGGGACUUCGCAUUGCUUUACUGGUGUCUGUGGUGAGCGGGGUGGUCAUCCUCGUCAUGACUGUGUGCUUCAUCGUCUGCUGCUGUCAAGAGCGCAUGAGCAAAAAGAAGGAAAAGCAAAGGACAGGCAGAAGCAGGAGAAGAGAAACACGGAGCUCUAGGUCUCGGAGGAGCCCAUCCUGGUUGGAGAGAGAGCAGCUAGAUUGGGAGGCAUUCCCCCCACCUAAACUUUUCAGCCUGUCCCAGCGUCUUGACCGACCGCUGCCUCCUGGUAGUCCUGUUUAUUCUGAGGUCAUCAGAGCCUAUGAGAACAGAGGGUAUGAGAGAAGUCAAGAGAGUCUGCUGAGAAGCCCCCAUACCACAUACCCUACAUAUCAUGCCAACAGUCAAAUCUACCCAGCCCUUGUAUUCCAGAGGGUUCAAACUGAGCCAAACCCCUCCACCUCUUCAACCACCCCAGUUUACGUACAGAUUUCUACACCUCCCAAAAACAAGACCCCACACGCUCCUUCUGUCACUCACCCACAGACCAACCAUUAGUCAAAUUUCUCAUCAGCAGCACCGAAUGUGGCCAAGACAAUACAAAACAACACUGCACAGCUGUGGCGGACAGAUUUAACUGGUCGAAGCACUUUGAUAUUUUUAAUGUUGAUGAUAUCUUUUAAUAUUUGCUAUACUGUAAAUAUACCUGAACCUGGUUAUUUUUGUCAGAUCUUUAACUGAUAGCACUAAAGAUACCUAAUUUAACCAAACUGUAAAUAGCCGUUUUGAUUAUAUUGUAAGAAAAUAAGACCAAAAUCUUUUUGUUUUGCACAUAGGAAUUUGCUUGAGGUGGCCAACUACCACCCAUUUUCAUUAUAUUAUAUUCAUAAUGUGUUGUAAAACAGCGGUAUGUACUCUUUGUUAGAAUGAUCCGUUUGUUAACUUAAAAUCUGUAACUGUAAAAUUUGCACUUUAAAUGCACUGAUUCAUUUGUAAUAAAUUGUUGGGUUGAUCUGUU